ACCCUCCCUCGUCUCGUCUUCUGCCUAGCAGCAGCUAGCAAGUUCGCUUCUCGCUUCCCCACCGCUCGCUUCGUCGUUAAACUCAAAACACCCCGCAGCCGCUGGUCAUUGUCUUUUAAAGCAGGAAACUGCGCAAACGAAAGCUCUUGGUUCAACGCGGGAACUUUUGCAACCAAAGCGCGCGCCUCACAUCAGCCAAUGAUCGUGACGUAGUUAUUGACAAAUCUUCAUUUCGCUUUGCGCUGCAAUUGAUGUCACUCGAGCUCUAGUCGCGCGCUGUCUGCACAGGUCUCCUGCCGCAAAGGACUCUCUUAGAAGUGCGCGAGGGCACGUCACAGUCUGAUGAAAGGUACGCAGGGGGAGCAGGAGGGAUGAGAAAGCGAUUCAAGUGAAAGAAGACUAACAUCACCAUAAAGUGCCUCAUCUGGAUGCUGCGGAAGCCCUUCUCCUGACUGGUCUGCACUUCGGAGUGCUCUCUUCCCCACUGACUUGUGCGUGUGCGCUUGGCCUUGGCUCGGGCUAUAUUUCACCGUGACAGUCAAUCAACCCAUUUGCCUGUUCCUCAAUUCCAGCUCCGCCUGCUCGCCAUUUCACCUUUUAAUACAAGGACGCCUGUCGAUUAGUUUCCUUAUUGGGUUCUCAAAGUGUCUCUCUCUUCACUUCUGCAGUCUCUCCAUCCCUUGCGACUCAGAUAUGCGAGUAUCUUUAGGGACUGCUGUGCCUAUGGCAACAGGGCAAGGAGUUUCGGAAGCCUAAAUUUAGAGAAAGUCCAUUUAACAUCAAUGCAAGAGGUCUAUUUUAAACCCAGAGCUCUGGAGGGUGAGUCUAGACAGUGGGGCGACCACUGCAGACAAAUACAAAGUGCCGCUCUACUCUACUUUUAAUGCCUUGUUUUCCUGAACGGCAGCCGAAGAUGCACCGCAGCAUGUCACAUUGACCUACUCCACCUCAUCACACUCGAUUCAUCGUCCUCCCUGCCUGACUUUGAACAGAUCUCAUAUUCUCGUCAUACUUCCUCACUGGCUGAUCAACAGACUAUGCCCCCUUCCUGUUCAUAAGAGAGUUCGGUUUUCAUUUCUAGACUGGUAGUCUGAGGAUCUCCUUGCCACUGUGCUCAUUUUUUGCAGCCCUUGUGCUUCAUCACGCCUGGCUGCCACACCCCAGCCCUCCGCUCACCCGCCGCUUGCCCGAGGGUCUGCCAUGGCCGUCAAUGUGACCAUGGGUCGCGACACCAAGUGGCUGACGCUGGAGGUGUGCAGAGAGUUCCAGCGAGGAACCUGCUCACGUUCGGACGCUGAAUGCAAGUUCGCUCACCCCUCUCGCACCUGCCACGUGGAGAACGGCCGAGUCAUCGCCUGUUUCGACUCUCUCAAGGGUCGCUGUACACGUGAUAACUGUAAGUACCUGCAUCCUCCGCCUCAUCUCAAGACCCAGCUGGAGAUAAACGGCAGGAACAACCUGAUCCAGCAGAAGACCGCAGCCGCCAUGCUGGCCCAGCAGAUGCAGUUCAUGCUGCCUGGAGCUCAGCUGCAGCCAAUAACAUCGUUCCCAGUAACGCCUUCCUUGGCCAACAGUCCGAGCAUGGCUUUCAGCCCAUACCUGAGCCACAUGAGCCCGGGAAUCAGUCUCAUGCCCGAACUUCUGCCCAGCGCCCCCGUGCUGGUCCCGGGGAGCCCCACUGGCAUCGCCAUGGGCAAUGGAAAUUCAACGCAGAAACAUGUUCGCACAGACAAGCUUGAGGUAUGUCGAGAAUUCCAGCGUGGGAACUGCACACGCGGGGAGAACGACUGCCGCUAUGCCCACCCUAUGGAGGCCGCCAUGGUGGAUGGCAGUGAGAACUCCGUCAUUGUUUGCAUGGAUUACAUCAAGGGCCGAUGCACCCGUGACAAAUGCAAGUACUUUCACCCUCCGGCUCACUUACAGGCCCGGAUAAAGGCGGCGCAGCACCAAGCCAGCCAGAAUGCUGCUGCCAUGGCCCUGCCACCAGGAGCCAUGCAACAGCUACCAAAGAGACCGACCCUGGAGAAGACUAACGGCGCCACUGCCGUCUUCAACCCCAGCAUGUUCCACUACCAGCAGGCUUUGGCCAGCAUGCAGCUGCAGCAGCCAGCGUUCAUUCCCACAGGCUCCGUAUUCUGCAUGGCUCCAUCUGGAGGCAUUGGCUUUUUCAAACCCCCAGGCCCUAUGACAGAUGGCCGCUGGGAGAGGCGGGACUGGACCAGCUGCAGGGUCCCCCAAAGCCGUUACCUGUUAGGGCCUGGACAUACUGUUCCCAUGAUGCACGGUGCCACCACUUCCACUGUUUCGUCGGCUACGACCCCAGUCACCAAUGUUCCUUUUGCUGAAUCAGCCACCUCCAACCAGACGCCGCCGAGGUACUGAGCGCCGACCCCAUGGACCUCCAGUGCGUUCCCAUGGAGGCCCAUUUCUGUCCCGUUCCUAAACUCCUGGUGGCUGCACCAAUGACGCUGAAUCCAGUAAGCCUCUCCCACAAUCCCACAACCUAAUCAGGCCCAUCUCUCAUGCAACAUGUGCCCCAACAACAGAAAAAUGAAUGCAACAAAACGUGUGCCUAAUCAGUACGUCCUUAACGGGCAAUACAUUCAUCCUCAUAUCAGAGAUUCCCACUUCAUUUGACGUCAACAGAGGUUUGUUGAUAUUGAAACAGGCAAUACUUAAGCUUGGACCUACAACUGUUUAAGGAAGCAUGCCAUCUCGAUGCAAGGAGACGUAAGGAGCGUGCGGAUGCUGAAUCAGGAGACGGAGCGCUCUCGUAACUCACAGCCAUACGAAAACAUGCAAACCAAUUAGCUGAGAAGAAUGACUUCUCUAGAGAUGAACAUUAGAUUUCAGAACCGACUUAUCUAAUGUAUGGUAAGAGGUGGAGUCGUUGCAGAUCAUCAGCAGACAGAAUGUGUAAACCCAGAGUGUGUGAGAGUGGCUCCUAAUGCUAAUGAUAUUUUACAUAGUUGUGGUGGUGGUGGUAAUUUCUUUCACAUUUAAUUAUGAUUAAUGAACGUGGCACGUUUUAUUUCAUGUUUACAUUUCAAAAUGUCAAAAAAAAAGGUUAUUUGAAAAUGAUUGAUGCUUUUGUAAGAUAAUCUGAUACUGAUACACGAUACUGAUUUAGGUUUUUUGUUAAGAGGUUUUCAAAAUGUUGAUGUUCGUGCCUUUGAGUUACAAGUUUGUGGACAUCUUUUUCCCCCCAGUUCUUCUGACUCACAUUUUAUCAUCGACUCAGAAAGUAUACCUGUGUAGCCUUUCAGAAUUAAUGUGUCGUUCAUCCGUCGUCUUAGGGAUGUGUGUUGUUGUGAGGUUUUCUUGAAAGAGUAUUAUUUAUUUAAUGACUGUCCAACAGGCUAAAACUGGUCUACUGAGAUAAGUGUUACUAUUCAUGCCUGAAGUAUCUCACCUCGCAUUUCAAGCUCCACAUCGAGAUGGUCAAACAGAAGAUUGGUUCCCAUACACAUACCUCCAUUUUAAAAAUAGAACUGCCUUAAGCAGACUAAAUAUGAGCACUUCAUGUUGCACAGUGUGAUGCACACUGAAAGGUAAGGUCUGAUUGCAGGCCUUCUGGGUGUAAAAGGAAAUUUUACCUGGACUUUAUUUUUGUUCCAGCUGGUCUUCAUUCAUUAAUGUUUCUUGCAUAUAUAUUACUCAGCUAUAGCUUGACGUCCUGGAUAUUCAAAUUCAGUAAAAUUUGUCAUGUUUAUUUGCUUUUUAGAUUAUUAGCAUAUAACAUUUCUUUUAUUACUGGGUGAAUUUCAUGAAAACAGUCACACACAAAAAAAACUACAUAUAAAAAUACAUAUAUUUAUAUUUAUAUUACAUCCCAAAAGCAGAAGAAAAAAAUGUGCUAAAACAAAUUUUUAUGACAAUUAAGCACUCCUAUUGUCAUUGCCAAAAUGCAAAAAAAAUUUACUUUUAUGACUUAUACACAAUAAGUAACUACAUUUAAAUGUGUCAUGGUUGUAUUUUUUGUAAACAAUUAUAUAUAAAAAAAAAUUAUAUAGUAAAAAAAAAUCACUAUAUGCUCAUGAAAAUAAUAAAAAAAAAACAUGCAAUUGCUCCAGUGCAAAAACAUGCAGUGCAUUACAGAAAUGUGGUUUAAUUGUCAUAAACUUUUAAAAAAGAGGCUUCAUAUUCUUUAUGCAAAAUCAAAUUUUCAUUAUUUUGAUUUUGGUGUUAAAUGUGAUAUUUUCUUAAGAUUCACCCUAUUACCAUGUCUAUCUCUUAUAAACAAACCCUUUCUGAUGGCUGGACGGUCUCUGCCAAAAUCCAAGCUCUGCCCCACCUGCUGUGUGACAGUCUGUUCGUCUCCACUUUUUGUUGAGCCAUGUUUGGUGCAUCCCCAGUUUUUAGUGUACGUCAGUUGCCAAAAUGAUUUUUUAAACUGCUUGCUUAGCGGUUUACACACUCAUUAAUAACAGAUUGGCACACGUACGUUAAAUCCUGAACAUCAAAAUCACAAGGAGAUCUGCAAAAUCAUUUCUUGAAGUCACAAACUGGUACCUGAUUUGAAUAUCCAGUGUCUCUCCUAUUAGUUUGCUGUAUUCAGCAGCAUAUGCGACCCCCUGCGCAGACAUGUCAAGUGCACUGCCUUUGUGCCAAUGACUCUCAGACAGGUCACCCUGUGCCAAUCACUGGAGAUCUCAGACUGCACAAUCAGGCCUUGACAUGCCAAGGUCAUGAGCCAGAUGGAUUUAAAUUGCAAUAUUGCAAAUGUGCCCACCCAAGCAACAAAUCUAAAUCUAUGUGUCCAUUCAAGCAAGCUAUAAUCUUGUGCUUUGUUUUGAAACAUCUCCGUUAUUGCUACCGUUCAUUAAGCGAGUGCUACAGUUGGGAAAAUCACAGUAGGGUGGUUUUCAGCAGCUGUUUUUAUUACUGCAUCAGUGGAUGCCGUGUGCACCCACUAAUAGAGUUCCGGUCUCUGCCAACCAAGAGCUCGAUUAGAUUAUUGCCGUAAUACAUUAUUGAUAGUUUAUCCAUGGAGAAACAUGAAAACUGCGUCAGACAGAUGACACACAGAGGUCUGCAAUCCAUUAGGGUCCUGCUGGAGUUUCUUUGCCCAUUUUGACUUUGAGAUCGAGGCUGAUUGAAUUCUAACUAUUUAAGUUGUUCUUGUGUUUGUCGUGUUCAUGUGCAGAGUGUGAACAGGUUUAAAUCACUGACUGUGUCCUUACUUUCAAAAGUCGGCAGACUCUAAAAUGCAAGGGCGUAGAUGACCGUGUGACAUCUGGAUAUUAUCUGUUUGGACUGUGAGCUGGAAGCUGCGGCUCUCGUGUAGACAUGUUACAAUUAAAAAAAAAAACAAAAAAAAAGAUUAUUUUCUGACUGGAAACUUAGAAAAGGCCCUCGUCAGCCAAAGCUUCAUUUACAAGACAUUUAUCCGCCCAUCACGGGCCUUUACAUGAAUAUAUGAAUGUGACAUUUAAGACAGAGAGAAUGUCACGAGAGGUUUUGGAUGACUGUCUCACCAUUUCUCUCGAACUAAACUACAACCUUUCUCAACAUAUCAAGGAAGUGAAAGCCUCCCAAUGCCAUCCACUGUUGAUGUACAAACAAACAAAAACAACAACAAAAAAAAGCGUUUUUCAUCACUUGUCUCAAAGACCCUUCUCUAAACCGUUGUCUCCUUUGGGACAGCCAUGUUGUUUCAACAGCAUAACCCCAAGAGAGCCAUAAAGCUGAUUUCAUGUGAUAGCCUGACCUAAAAACAUCAUUGCAACUUUUUUUUGCUGAUCAGCACACACUAUCUAGGCCAAAUGCAAGUGAAGCGAUAAACAAUGGUGGUCUAAACCAAGCAAGAUGGUACUAUACUGUGCUAUAACUGAAACAGUAUCUGUAUUGUAAACAUCUCUGUAUAAUGGUCAUGUGUUUUAAGGUUGUUUAAAGAAAUACUGGGGCAAAUAUGUGCGGAUUGCUUUAGGAACGAACUCUACUGUUUAUUGAUGUGUUGGAUUGUGUUUUGUAAUCAAGUUCCAUUGCCCAGCCAAGGUUUAGAAGCUCCUCUCUCUCUCUCUCUCUCUCUUUCUCUCUCUCUCUCUUUCUCUCUUUCUCUCAUAUAAAGAAUUAUGCCUUCUCCAACUGCAAUCCAGCUGGAAUCAACGAAAUACUUGAUAAAGAAAAAACAAUGUGCCUCAUCGGGGGCUUUAGCAUUUUAAGAACUCACUUUUUAAAAAGUGUGCAUACCUGCAUAAAGUAGUUAGCUAGAAUAAUCUAUGUGUAUGUAUUACGAACGCAUCAUCAUCGUCAUUCUAGUUUUUAUCGAAACACAUUAUUGUAUUCGUAACGGUAGCUGUUUUAACUUUAUACUCACCACUUCAGUCACGUUACGGUGUGUUGUUUUGACACAGCUGUCAAUAGUAGUUUGAGUUUGAUCAUUAGCGCUACUUGGUUAAUUAUCUUACAUCGUAAACUCUGUUAUCGCAUGAAAUGAGAAUAAUCUGAAUAAUCUACAUCAUAGUUUGUGCAGUUAGUGGUUUAAGAUUAAAAAAAUACUUAAUCUGUAUAUCUAUAUAUCAAUAUACACAUUUGUAUGUAUUACAAUGAUAGAUUCAUUGUUACCUAUGAUAGUACGUUCUUGUUGCUAUGGCAACAAAACUACAACAUGGCUACCUUUGUAUAUCUUAAUUGUGAAUUUUUUCACACUUCAAGUGAAAUAAUGUACAACGUUAACUUAUUCAGAAAGGGAAUGUGUUCUUAAGUUGUCUUGGAAAAAGAGAUGAUUGACUAUUUUGUAAAAUUAUAUAUAUAUAUAAACGUAUAUACAGAUUUGUGAGAUACUUUAAGUCCAAAGGCCCUUCGGAGACAUCAUAUGUUAUUUCUGUUUUAAUGAUUAUUAUUUUUCUAUUGGGGUUGCUGAUCGCUUUUAGAUAAAAAAACAGAUCUUUAUGUAAACAGCAUCUGAGCUUUUGAACUAAUCUGAUGGAUCCAUUUGGGAGAAAGAGACUUUUUAGUCUCAUAUUUGGUCCGAGAAGGUUUGGCGAUGCAUUCACAAUGGUGCAUUCCAAAAAAAAAAAAAAACAAGCGGUUUUUAUAAAUAACGCAGCCCGGUGAUGUCAGUAACAGGAUGGUAUCAGCCAUAAGUGAGCCCCUGAUUUAUGUCUCUGUCCCCCUCUGGCCCACCCAGACUGCACCCCAGCUGUGCUGGGACCUGGUGACUCGCGUCACCCCAUCGGUGUACGAAUGUGUGUUAUUCACCUUGUUUGCACUUAUGUACAUAACUGAUUCAAAAUAUUCAGAAUUUAUUUUGAAUAUACAUAGAUGAAUAAAUAUAUAUAUAUAUAUGUGUGUGUAGAAGAGCAGAUUCAAAUCAAAUUUCUGUAUUGUUCGGAAUACAGGUAAACAGUUAUCCUUUUUAAGGGUCAUCAAACAGAUAGAUGCUGUUUUGCUGGGUUGUUGAGGAAUUGUUGUUUGUUCUGUUUGCCAAUGCCCACGUUCUCAUUGUUAAGCAUGUUAUUGCAUUUUGCAGAGAACAUGAUGUCAAAAAAGGCUUUGUAGUUUUGCAUAGCUUACAAAAGCGCUGCGGCCUGAGCUCUGCAUCCGCUUGCGUCUGAUCCUGUGGUGUGGUUGUGUCCAGAAACCAAAGAACGGUCAGCUUGUUUCUCUUUUACCUCUCCGUCGUGUGAGCUUCAGGCUCACAGUUUUGUUUUCUGUGUAGUCCUAUGGGAUGCUAUGAAAAAGGGGAGUUUCAUAACACUCUGCCCCCUACAGGAAGACCAGGAUGGUAGCAUAAAGAGCACCUCAGGAUCAGACUGCAGCUGGAAAGCUUUGCUGCAGGUUAUACAAAAUAACCUAUUUCAGUUUUCAUUUUGGUUUGGUUGUUGACGGACAUUUUCCAUUCUUGUGCACUCACCAAGACCAACAAAUAACCUGAAAAUCUCACAGGAUAUCCUCAAUCAAAAUUGCUCCAAAAAUCCGACGUGAAAUCGCCAGACAGAACACUCUGUUGAAGAAAACUUGUACAUUCUGUGCUCUACAGUUGCUUUGGAAGCCAAUGAUUUUGUUGCCAUGGCACUUGCCCUAUUAGUGAGGGAGAGACUGAGUCUUUUGUAGGUUCUUGCAUAUAGACGCACCUUUGGACCAAUCGAUUAUGGUCCUCAGCCUUUUGACUGUAAAGCUGAGGUAGCACUUAGGACUUAGCAUAGACUAAGGGGUCCCAGCUUGCAUCCAGAAGUUGAAUGCGAACAUGCGGGAUGCUCCUUUUACCACUGUGCUUGACAGAGAAAAUCGACAAACACUCUUCUGCUGUCCAUUAUCCUGUGCCUAAACAUUCGGUGUGAUGUGAAGGGACUGGUCUGUAAAGAAAGCCAUUGAGGUUAGACUUCCACCUAACUGUGCCCUACAUUCAGUCAUGUCCUCAUCAUUUCUAUGACUGGAACCCUAACGUCAAUGGUUCGUGUUUUAACGUGUAGAAGUCACUGAGACUGGAGCAUCACAUUAAUGUUGUACAAAGCUGUAUAGUUUUGAAUGAAAUCACUCAUUGAUGCAGAGGUUAUGUCCCUUUAAAGGCAUCGGCUGACAUUUGGUGGCCAACGCUGAUGCCUGUGUAAAUGCUAUUGUGUGUGUGGAACCGUUCAAAGAAUGUCUACAUUGUUUCAAAGCCAUAUGUAAUAGAUUCCUCUCUCUCCCACUGUAGGACAAGAUAAAUCUGAAUGCUUUUACUCUUUAUAUGAAAUGCUUCUCUUUCUAUUUAGCUUAUUGUGCUUGUAUGUGCUUCAAGAACUGUGCUUCUUGUCAAUCCCUUUGCGAUAUAUAAAUGUAUGGAAUAUAUACAUAAGACUUCUGUUCUUUUUGUUUGACAUUUUAAUAAAGCACUCAAAGGCA